AUGAAGACGACAAGCACGUAUCCAUUAAAAUUACCACAUGUACCCGCCGCAAAGCGUGGUCGUCAAACUAAUCAAUUACAAUAUAUGUCGAAAGUCAUAUUGAAAUUUCUACUGAAACAUGAGUUUUCAUGGCCUUUCCAAAAACCUGUUAAUCCAAUAAAACUUAAGAUACCGAAUUAUCAUAAAAUUGUUCGAUAUCCAAUGGAUCUCGGAACAGUUAAGAAACGACUUGAGACAAAUUAUUAUUAUAGUGUUAAAGAAUGUAUUACUGACAUAAAUAUGAUGUUUUCUAAUUGUUACUUAUAUAACAAACCAGGCGAAGAUGUUGUAGUCAUGGGAGCAACACUCGAAAAAAUAUUUUACGAAAAAUUAGCCGAAAUGCCGUCAGAUGAAAUCGAAAUCGUACCUCAAGCAUCGAAACCAUCUGCAUCCAAAACUAUUACUGACGGAAACUUUGCAGUUGCUGCUCCUUCACCAUCAACUGCAAGUGAACCUAUUAAUUCACCAUCGCCCUCGCCAUCGGCACGUACUGUAAAUAAUUCUCUUGCAAAUGUUACUAAUGUAUUAUCUCGAAAUCUAACGUCAUCAACAACCAUUUCUAAUGCUAUAACAUCACCGUUCUCUCCAUUGAACAAUAACUUGAAUCAUACUGAUCAAAAUAGUCAAUCGAUGUCUCCACAAUUAUCUGGAGAACAAUCAUCGAUAUCUUUUAAUCCAACAUCGUUCUCAAAUCUUGAUCCAUCAAUAACAAAUUUAAAACGAAAAAAUGAUUUGGAUGAUGAUUCAAUUGUCAAACGUACAGGUGGCUCCAUUGGUGCACCAAAACGUACUAAAUAUGAUACUGGCUUGUCAAAUGAUCCAUCGACAAAACGACCGAAAAAUCGUAUGACAGAACAGUUAAAAUUUUGUCUACACAUUGUCAAGGACUUAUUAAAUAAGAGAAAUAUGGCAUUCGUUUGGCCAUUUGCUAAACCUGUCGAUGUUAAAAAUUUGAAUCUAUCGGAUUAUUAUCUAAUUAUAAAAAAACCAAUGGAUCUUGGUACAGUCAAGAGAAAACUUGAAAGUCGCGAAUAUGCUAAUGCAGAUGAAUUCGCUACCGAUGUACGUCUUAUAUUCAGCAAUUGUUAUCUUUACAAUGGACCACAAACAGAUGUUGUUGCUAUGUGUAAAAAAGUUGAGCAAAUGUUUGAAGAUAAAUUUGCAAAAGUACCCGAAGAAUCAUCGACAACACAUUUAGAUAUUGAUCCAUCACUGUCGAAUAUACGUAAUAAUGGUUUAAUAUCAUCAACAGCACGUAAACGUAAACGUCAUUCAUCGAAACAUAAUAGUAGUGCUGGCGGACAUACAUCAUCAAUAAUAACAAGUUCCGAUGAUGGCGCAUCAAGCGACGAUAGUUCUGAUGAAAUUGAUAAUAGUCGAGAAAAUACUCUACAACAAUUAUAUACUCUUCAAGAACAAGUGAAAGUCAUUGGUAAUACAUUAGCUUUUUUAAUUCAACAAACAAACGAUCGACUUACAUUUCGUCACAAACGUAAAAUAAAACGGCACAGAACCAAAGAUGGUACUUCAGGGUCAUUACCUUUGACAAGUACAGCAAAUGAGUCGAAUCGUUUACCUCGCUUAUCACCGACGCACUCAUCAUUAAUAUCGCCGAAUAUGUUCAAUACAAUGCAAGGCACAUCAAUGAAUCCUAUGCCGCCAACAGCUACACGUAAUCCUUCGUCUGCAACAGCGGCAACAAAAAAAGCAGCAACAUCUCUUGCAAGUCUACUUACAUCAAACAAUCCAAUAAAUUCUAAUGGUACUAGUCAAUUCAAUAGUACAUCAUUGGAUCCAUAUAGUGCAGUAGAGAUAAGUCCUACAAAGCCAACAAAAGCAACAAAAAAUACCGCAGCCAAGUCUAAUGCAAAUAAAAGUGGCGAACCAGCUCGCCGUGGACCAGCACCUGGCGCAACAGGAGUUAAACGAACACCGAAGAAGAAUGCAGCAGCUUCUGCUUCCACAAUGUUCGAUCUUCAAAGUGAAGAAAAUUCGAGACCAAUGACUUAUGAUGAAAAACGUCAAUUAAGUAUUGAUAUUAAUAAUUUACCAAGUGAAAAACUUGGUCCUGUUGUUGAGAUUAUAUAUAAACGAGAACCAUCAUUACGUGAUUCAAGUCGAGAUGAGAUGGAAAUCGAUUUUGAAAUACUUAAACCAUCGACAUUACGCGAAUUAGAAUCGUAUAUUAAUCUUGUAAUGAAAAGAAAACCAACCAAACAACUGACUACAUCUGCUAAAUGA